AUGAUGGAAUUCAACAGUAAAGAUAAGUCCUAUAGCGCUGUCUUUUUGUCCACACACAAGAAUAAUAUUGCACUUUGGUCGGCUUUUGUCGUAAUCUUGUUCUUUUGCUAUCAUUUGUUUAGUGAUGGUGAUUUCUCUUUUUUAAUGACCAUGGGCGCAUUUGCGCGAGCGUUUGGCUUUGCUUUCUUGAUCUUCAAAGCGUUUUCACAGCGCUCAGUAUCUGGUCUUUCACUGAAGACACUGGAGUUGUACGCAUUUGUCUUUUCCUUUCGUCUGAGCUCCAUUUUGCGCUAUCAGGGCUACCUGCCGUAUGAUCGAAGUGGUGAUUGGUUUUACACAUUCCUCGAGAUCAUGGCAUUGACGCUUUGCUGUGGGAUGAUUUACCUUGUCACAAUGCGCUUCAAUUCGACGUACGAACUGCGCUAUGACACGUUUGGUUGGCUGCACUUGCCCACGGAGCUUGGUGCACUUUACAUUCUCGUGCCCUGUGUUCUCUUUGGCAUGCUUAUUCAUCCGAACCUGAACCGCAACUGGUUGUCGGAUGUGUGCUGGACUGUUGCGCUGUACAUUGAAGCUGUUGCCAUGCUUCCUCAGCUGUUCAUGUUCCAGAAGCGUGGUGGCGGUGCUGUGGAGUCUUGUAUCUCGCAUUUUGUGUAUGCACUUGCCUUUGGCAGCUUUUUGCAUCUCGUGUUCUGGUUCUCGUCGUAUCACGAGCUAGGUGAAAAAGAAGCCGGCCACCACGUUGGAUACAUGGUAAUUUUUGUGCAGAUUGGCCACAUGCUUAUGAUGGCGGAUUUCCUGUACUACUAUUUCAAGAGCAUGAAAGACGGAGGCCCGAUGAUGUUACCUACGCAUGGUGCUUACCAGGCGUAA